AUGAGCAACUUCCGCCCCCCUCCCCAGCAGAAGGCCCAUGACGACUUCGCUGUGUGGCACGACGCCUACUACGAAGAUCCUCGCACCACUCCCGCCUCGAUCCUCGUGCUUGUUGUGCUCGGCUUCAUCGCACUACACCGCGUUCUCGGCCGUUACGAGAUCCCUCUCCGCGCCAUUCCCGAGCUCUUCUGGAACUGCUUCGUCUACGCCAUGCCCGCAGCACUCGUUUUCGCCAUGGGCCGACCCUCGCUCGACCUUGCCGACAACGCCGACACAAGCUCGUCCGAGGACAAGGAGAGGAAGAAUGCGAACCUCUUUGCGGCCAAGAACGAAGUGUUGCGACGCACCUUCGGUCUCGAUGGCAACGGCUUGCUGAAGGCCUUCUCAGGCGAUCGGGCGUUGCGCGCUGCUGGUGCACUGGCUGGUGGGAUGAGGAAUGCCGCGCCGCCUGGCUUGGGCAACUGGGACAAUUCAUGCUAUCAGAAUAGCGUGAUCCAAGGCCUCGCAUCCCUGCCUAGCCUCGAAAGCUUCCUCACCGAAGCCAUCGGCAUGUUUGAUGGCCUCACCUCCGAUUCUACGAAUGGCACUCUUCUCGACACCGUUCUGAAACUCAAUAACCCCGAUAACAAUGGUCGACAGCUUUGGACCCCGGCAAAACUGAAGAGCAUGAGCAGCUGGCAACAGCAGGAUGCGCAGGAAUACUUUUCGAAGGUGUUGGACGAAAUUGACAAGGAAAUCUUGAAGGCUGUGAAGCAAAGCCGGAAGAUCGCUGGCUUCGAGGAAGUGCCUUCGGUCGAGGAGGAGCGCAAAGCCGAACCAGUAAAAUACCCCGAGUCACUGCGAAACCCUCUUGAAGGUCUACUGGCGCAAAGGGUUGGGUGUAUGAACUGCGGCUUUACUGAGGGACUCUCUAUGAUUCCUUUCAACUGCCUCACCGUUCCUCUGCAAAGUUCCUUUGGUUACGCCUGCGACAUCCGCGAAUGCUUGAACGAGUACACGAAGUUGGAGCCUAUCGAAGGGGUCGAGUGCGCAAAGUGCACUCUUCUGAGAACGCGGGAUGCACUAGAACGAGUUCUCCAGGACCGAGACGAGACGGUACCUACUGAAGCUACCAAGGCUAUGGAGGCACGACUGAAGCUUGUCCGGGAAACUCUAGAAGACGAGGAACUUGUGGACAGUACUAUCAUCAAGAAGUGCUCCAUUCCACGCAAGAACUGGGUGUCUAGUACCAAGUCCAGACAAGCGGUCGUCGGACGUCCUCCCAAGUCGCUCGUCAUCCACGUAAACAGAAGCGUGUUCGAUGAGCUCACGGGCGCCCAGCGGAAGAACCACGCCAGUGUUUCAUUCCCGGAGCACUUGGACCUUGGUCCUUGGGCUCUUGGUUCGUCCAAAUACGACAGCAAGGACUUCUCGAUUGCACCCGAAUCUUGGUCUACCAACCCAGCAGAAUCCAUGAUCAGCCCGCAAAAGACUCUCGGAAUUCAAGCAUUGCCCUACGAAUUGCGGGCUGUGGUGGCGCAUUAUGGAAGGCACGAAAACGGUCAUUACAUUUGCUAUCGGAAGCAUCCUUUCACUGCCGACCAGGUCGAUGGUGCAAAUACUGAGCAGAAGGAAAGCGAAGGAUCCAAAGAGGAGACAGAAGGCGAAACAUUCAAAGAGGAGACGGAAGACGAAGAAUCCAAAGAGAAGCCGGAAGUAUGGUGGAGGUUAAGCGACGAGGACGUUUCCCAGGUGUCGAAAGAGACUGUCUUGGCUCAAGGCGGCGUUUUCAUGUUGUUUUAUGAGGCCAAGGAACUUCCAUCUCCACCGAGUCCGAGCCAGAGUCCACUGAUGAGGCGUAGCUCUACUGCAACGAUCCGUGCAGUAGCUCCGAUGUCGACGACGGUGGAAACAUAUGAGCCUGUUCAGGAGCAAGAAGAUGAGGGCUCGGUUGAGGAGAUGGAAGUCGCAGAUGAGAAGUCGGCCCAUAGAGAAUUCUUCCCGAUCGGCGAAAGCCACUUUGACGGAGAAGCCAUUCCACCCCGCACUUCAUACCACCGUCCCACUGAGUCCAUGGAAACCACUCCACCGAAAUCAGACAGCGAGAGCGAUUACGAGCCAAUUUCGCCCGCGUCCUACAACUCAGGGCUGGAAGAUACCGUCGUUCUCCCGUUCAAAAAGCACAACCGAGACCGGAAUUCUACAAUCUCCAAUGCUUCAUCAGCAAGCUUCAACUAUCCGCCGACACCCCUGUCGCCUCUUUCCUUGUCGCCUACGAUCUCUGAGCAACCCACUCCCUUUGCUGAGCAUCGUCCGGCUUUCCCUAAUCCCAUCUUCACCCGCCAAGAUAUGGACAGCGACUCCGAGUUGCAACCUCUCGCUUCCCCUGCCCUCUUCUCGCCACACAGCCUUGCGACGCCAACAUCGCAGAGCCCCAAUCUCGAUCCUAUCACGCGCGCUGCGAUCGAGGCAUCAGUCCAGGAGGAGGAGGACGAGCCGCGGUGGACGACGAGCCGUAGCGACUACGCCCCUUCGACCGUUGGCGGCACGGACAGCGAAUACGCACCCAGCGCUGGCGGCUAUCCCAGUGAUGUAGAGGGGUCGGCAUAUGGCUCGGAGGCCGGUGACGGUCCCUUCAGCGAGAAGGAACCGUCAGUGUCAGGGUCGCCUGUGCGCAUGAAGAAAGAGCCACAGCCUCAUCCCCAUCGCCAGAGCUUGACAAUGAGGACAGCACAAGCUCAGAAAGCAGAAGGUGAGAGUGAAGAACAGGUAGGUUUGGAGCAAAACAAGCAGAACCUGAGGAUGGUGGCCGCUUCCUGA